AUUCAACAUUUGCUAUCGAUUGAAAACGAUGUCUGAUAACGAAACCGAGACUAAAGCUAUUAACAUUCGUACCGCUGGCUUUGACGCGCGCUUUCCAAAUACCAAUCAAACUAAACAUUGUUGGCAAAAUUAUGUAGAUUAUUUUAAGUGUAUUAAAGCGCGUGGAGAAGAUUUUGCUCCUUGUCAACAAUUUUUUAGAGCAUACCAUAGUUUGUGUCCUAAUGAUUUUAUUUCAAAGUGGGACACUCAAAGAGAAGAAGGAAAUUUUCCAGUUAAACUCGAUCCUUAAUAAAUAAUCCUUUGAGAUCUAAAUCUUUAAUAUUCAACAAAAAUUUGAUGAAUGGUCAUUAAAAAAAAGUUAUAGUUCUUCUUUAAUAAAAUUAUUUAUUAAUAAAGUUAAUCCUUAUCAAAUGAGAAUAUGCUAUUUGCUAAUAAAUUAUUGGAUAAUCAUCAUAGCAUAAAAUCACAAAAUCAUAAAACGGAUCUUCAUACAAAAAUCAUAUUACCAAAAACUUUCUUUUCUUGCUUUCUUGUGAAUAACGAGCUUA